CGACUCGUAAGACUUAACUCAAAAAACCGCUAUACGCCUUUUCGUUUUUUCUUCUUCUUUUCGUUUGAGAAAUAGCAAUAAAAUUCUAUCACAAAAUCAAAAGACAUAAAAACAAAUCGAAAAGCAAAAAAGAACCUAACGUCGUGUGUGUUUGUGCUUUUUCCGCUCAUUUCUCCUACGUGUGAAAAAGUGUACGAAAGAAAAGCAAGAAAAAAAAAAUAAUUAAAUAACAAAAACAAAGAGAAUUGUUAUUCAAUUUGUUUUAUCAACGUCCCCCACUACCGCAAUACUAAUCGGUGGCUCCAACGGUGUGCACUAGAAAGAAAAAAAAUCAAAUAAAAACAAUAACAACAUCGAAACGAAACGAAAUCAAGAGAACCAACGAAGCCCAAGAAGAAAACAUCUUUCUUUACUUUUCUGUGUGUCUUGUUUUUAUAACAAUAACGGUUAUAAAACUUUUGUCAGCUAAAAGUUAAAGAAUUUGGCGAUUUUUUUCUUACCUACGCAAAAAAAGAAAGAAUAGAAAGAUUCAAUUCGCUGUGCCUUUGAAAGUUUUCUUCCACGAAUUUUGAAGAUUUUCUACGGUCAUUGGUGUUUUUUCAAUUUAAGUCAUAUAAUUUAAUAUUUUGUAGAAAAUUAAAAAAAGAAAAACAUAUCGCGGAGAUCUUAUAUAAAAGGAUUUCUUUCAAAAAUAUUCAAAAUAAUAUAUAUUUUGUAAAGUUUUUAAAAAUAUCUACCUAUAACUAAAUAGCUAAAAAUAUUCAAACAAUAAUAUAAUUCGUAUUUUUUGCCUGUUCGAAAUUAAACAAAAACAAAUUAUCAUCAUCAUCACACUUGUGACGUGAGGAUACCCACAAACAAACAACAACACCAUAAGGCGAAAAAAAAACUUUCUGUUUCUUUUUCAAAAAAGGUGCAUCUACAAAGAUACUCCAACAAAUAAACACUAUUUGAAAAGUAACGGAAGAAACUCGCCGUAGAAACCAUAAAAGCCGAAAAAUUCACAAAAUUUCCUUUUCGUCUUUGAAGUCAAAGAAAACGUUUCAUAACUAUGGUGAAUAGUAAUAAACCGCCUAAGAUGAAGGUGAAACAGCAGCAGCAAGAGGGUGACAACGCUGCAACGACUUCCGAAACUACACACAUUGAAAAGGCCUCGAACAACUCCAACUCCAACACAUCGAACAGCAGCACACCAAACGAAGCGGGACAAAAAACACAGAAUGCCACAAUAGAGCCACAGCAACAGACCCAAAAAACAAAUAAUAAAACCCCAAAUUCGCCUCAACAGAAGACCAAAAACAACAACAGUAAUAGCCCCAAAAGUCGCAACAACAACAACCAAAACAACAACUCCAAAAACAAAUCCUCACAACAGCAGCAACAGGCACAGAAAAAUUCAGGACAAAAGUCCCAAAAAAAUAAACAAAAACAACAACAGCAACAGAAUGGCAAUACCGAAAAUGAUGCCCCCAAAUCGGGCAAAUAUGUCAAGUCCACAUCGUAUCGUAACUCAGCGCAUAGUUACGCCCAGACUGUGGGCAGCAGCAGUAACUCGAAAAAGACCUACAAUAAACCCCAACCCUUGGCAGCAUUUAAUGACAAUUUACCUUUGCCCCGUCACAAGGGCAAACAGUCCAAACAGUCAUCGCAAAAAGGUGGUGGUGGUGGUGAUGGUGUUGCCACAAACGAAAACUCCAAUUCCAACAAACAAAUGAACCUCAGUUCAGCUGAUCUACUGACAGCUGCCCUUACAAAACCCUGUGCCAAAUGUCUAAAACCCACUUCGGCUGCCAUUAGCGAGCUUAUGGAACAGUCAUCCUCUUCCCUAGGCUCAACAUCCUCAAAGGCGACCAAUAAUUUCAAUCCCAAACACUAUCGCAAAUCCAAAUCGUAUAUGAACUCAUCACGCUACUCCUCCAAUGGUGAUUUGACCCAAAAAUCCUAUGGCUCUUCCUCGGCAUCCUCAUCGAAUGGCUCCAACUCUGGCAAUCGCCAUCAAUAUCAUCGCUCCCAAAGUGAUCGUCGCAAUUCAUUUGAUCGUCACUUUGCUGAGCGCAACAAGAAUUUCGUACCCAUCGAAGCUCCAGCUAGACCCAUUUUGGCUUCAUCCAAUAUUGCUGCGGUCAUAGCAGAUACUGAGAAAAUGGUGAUAAUUGAACGUCUGGGGAAAGGACGCACCACGUAUCCCAUAAUGCAGUGCGGGACACUAGACGCACCCGAUUCGUCAUAUCACACACAGAGAUCCAACAGAAUGGACGUUUAUCAAAUUGACGAUGGUUUCCAUUCGGAUGGUGGCACUGAGACACCACCGCCAUCGCCCAGUUCCGGUUCCUCGAUAGCCUCAACAUCAGACCAUGGCUCACUGGAGAGCGUCGAUACGGGGGGCACACAACGCCUGGCUGUGCUGUCAUUUGAACAGGUGCGCAAGCUGCACCAUGUAAUGGAUGAGAAAGUGGCCAUACAUGGACGUGGUAAUUUUCCCACAUUGGAGGUGACCCUAAAAGACUUGGUGAAUUUGGUGAGGCGCAAGCUGGAGGCCGAUGUCGGCUCUGGCGGCGCCGGUGUGAUAGUCAAAGAUAUUCGCUUGAAUGGUGGAGCAGCUAGUCAUGUAUUGGCUUCCGAGGAUCAGUCCUAUAAUGAUCUGGACCUAAUCUAUGCCAUUGAGCUGAGCUCACCGCGUCAUUUUGAUCGUGUCAAAACCGCGGUACUAAACACCCUGCUCGAUCUCUUGCCUGAGGGUGUAUCGAAACGUCGCAUUAUGCCCUGUGCCCUCAAGGAGGCCUAUGUGGGCAAAAUGGUCAAGGUCAAUAAUAACAAUGAUGGCGAUCGCUGGUCUCUCAUCUCCCUGGGCAAUUCGCCAGGUCACAAAAAUGUCGAACUGAAAUUUGUCGAUACCAUGAGGCGACAAUUCGAAUUCUCUGUGGACUCAUUUCAAAUUGUUCUCGACUCGCUGUUGCUCUUCUAUGACUGUGCCGCCUUGCCCAUAUCGGAGAAUUUCUAUCCCACGGUGGUGGGCGAAUCAGUCUAUGGCGAUUUCCAGGAGGCCUUGUAUCAUUUGCAAAAGAAAUUGAUCUCAACGCGGCAGCCCGAAGAGAUAAGGGGCGGCGGUUUGCUCAAGUAUUGCAAUUUGUUGGUGCACGGCUACAGCCCCGUCGACAGUCAGCUGAUCAAGGCGUACGAGCGUUAUAUGUGCUCGCGUUUCUUCAUUGACUUUCCGGACAUCAAUACACAGACGGUGAAAUUGGAGGCCUAUUUGCGCAAUCACUUCUGGGGUGUGGAUGAGGAGCCAUUGCAGUACCAGUACCUGAUGCAUUUACGUGAGGUGGUCGAAAAUUCGACGGUGUGCCUAAUGGGUCAUGAGAGACGGCAGACGCUGAUGCUGAUACAGACAUUGGCCGCGCAAGUGUUGUACAAGGAGCAGCAAAAGCAAGUGCAGGAACAUCAACAGUAUCAGCAGCAGCAACAGCAACAGCAACAGCAACAGGGGGUGACCGAACAGCAGCAGCAACAACAACAACAACAUCAGUCACAACAACAGCCACACACAGUACAAGCAACCACAAUGACUUUGGUGGCUGCAACGCCGCCUCAAAACCAACACCAACACCAUCAUCAUCAACAGCAGCAGCAGCAACAGCAUCCACAUCAUCAACAGCAGCAACAACUCUCAUCACCCCAACAACAGCAGCAGCAGCAGCAGCAAGCAAUAGUGCAGCCUCAAACCACAACCAUUUAUGUACAACAGGUUCCACAAACGACGCCACAAAAUGUUACCACAACAGCCACCAUAUGCUGUGCCAUGCCAACCGCCGCCGUUGCCGCCGCUGCUCCCCUCGAUCCCACGCAGCAACAGCAGCAACAGACAUCAGCGCAAGCCCAACAACAGCAGCAGCAGCCAACCACAGCUUCCGCCACAGCGGUGCCCCAAACAAUACAGAUACAAGCUGGACCGCCGGGUCUUAUAUACGCCAAUGGCUACUACUAUGCUCCUGUGAUUCCCACAACCAUUUGCACUUGCAACUCCACCUGGUUGAGCACGUGAUUAAGUGUGACGC